AUGUUUUGGGUUAAGGAGUUGCAGAAGAGAAAAUUAUCGUCAAAUUGCUCGAAGAAUGACUCGAUUUUGCCAGUUUUGAUCAUCGGCGCUGGUCCCGUUGGACUUGUUCUCUCUGUUCUUCUUACCAAAUUAGGUGUCAAGUGUGCAGUUUUGGAAAGAAACAUGACCUUCUCCAAACAUCCACAAGCACAUUUUAUCAACAACAGAUCUAUGGAGAUUUUUCGCAGAUUAGAUGGAUUAGCAGAGGAGAUUCAAAGGUGUCAACCACCUGUAGAGCUUUGGAGAAAGUUCAUAUACUGCACAUCAUUGACUGGUUCUACUAUAGGAUCAGUAGACCAUAUGCAAACUCAAGAUUUUGACCAGAGUGUGAGCCCAGUAUCUGUGGCACAUUUCUCACAAUACAAACUGAAUGCAUUGCUAUUGAAACAACUAGAAACAAAUGGUUUUAGUAUUUGUACUCAUGAGUCAUUGGAUGAUAGACCCUUGAGGGAAAAGGAGAUACUAAUGGGACACAAUUGUGUAUCUAUUGAUGCAACUGAUAACUUCAUCAAUGUGACCACAUCUUUUUUAAAGGAAGGGAAACAAACAGAGAAGCAGAUCCCAUGUCAGUUCUUAAUUGGUGCAGAUGGUGCAGGAAGUACAGUGAGAAAUCUGGUUGGAAUAGAAUUGAGAGGUGAAAAAGACAUGCAAAAGCUUGUGAGUGUUCAUUUUCUUAGUCAAGAACUUGGACACUAUUUGAUGUAUGAGAAACCUGGGAUGUUAUUUUUUAUUUUCAAUCCUGGAGCCAUUGGAGUUCUUGUUGCUCAUGACUUGAAGCAAGGAGAAUUUGUAUUGCAGACACCGUUCUAUCCACCACAACAAAGUUUUGAGGACUUCACAUCUGAGACAUGUAAGGGGUUAAUCUUGAAAUUGGUAGGGAGAGAGGUGGAAGACAUUAAUGUGGUGGAUAUAAAGCCAUGGGUGAUGCAUGCUGAAGUUGCUGAAAAGUAUCUUGCUUGUGGCAACCGGAUAAUACUUGCUGGUGAUGCCGCUCAUCGCUUUCCUCCAGCUGGUGGUUUUGGGAUGAAUACUGGAAUUCAAGAUGCUCAUAACCUUGCAUGGAAGCUGAGUGCAGUUAUGAAGAGUAUUGCUCCAAUGUCUAUUCUUUCCACUUAUGAGAUGGAGCGUAGGCCGAUUGCACUGUUCAAUACUGCCCUCAGCAUCCAAAAUUUUGAAGCAGCAAUGGCAGUUCCUGCUGCACUUGGUCUCGAUCCAACCAUUGCAAAUUCAGUACAUCAAGCUAUCAAUAACACUUCAAUAAGUACGAUUUUACCCUCGACACUACAGAAGACUCUGCUAAAUGGAAUUUUCAGUUUAGGUCGCGCACAGCUCUCAGAUUUAAUCUUAAACGAAAACAAUCCUCUUGGAUCUUCUAGGCUUUCUAAAGUAAAACGCAUUUUUCAAGAAGGAAAAAGCCUUCAAUUACAAUUCCCUGCAGAAGAUUUAGGUUUCAGGUACUGUGAAGGAGCACUGGUACCUGAGGUUGAAUCGGUAGGUGGACAUGGGCCAGAACCGCCAGGUGGACGUAGGCGGGAGUAUAUUCCUUCAGCAGAUUCUGGCUCAAGGUUGCCUCAUAUGAAUAUUAGGGUGUUGACUCAAGUCAAAACAAAAGAGGCGACAAUUUCCACAUUGGAUCUUAUAUCCGUAGACAAACUGGAGUUCCUUCUGAUAAUCGCGCCAAUAGAUUCAUCUUAUCGCCUAGCUCAUGUUGCACUAACAGUCGCCAAAGAACACAAGAUUGUAGUUAAGGUUUGUGUGAUGUGGCCAAACGGUUUAGUUGAUGGAGAUGCAAGAACCAAAACAUCAUUAGCACCAUGGGAAAACUAUGUAGAUGUUGUUGAGGUUAGAUCACCAUUAAGUUCAUCAUCGUGGUGGGAUAUAUGUAAAAUGACACAUAGAGGCGCCAUUUUGGUUAGGCCCGAUGAUCAUAUCGCUUGGCGUGUCAAAUCGGCUGUGGUUGGUGAUGUUAGGCAAGAGAUGAAAAGGGUUUUCGAAAUGCUUGUAGGAUCAUAGUUUGUAGAGAAUUUGUAUCAGUAUCUGUAUCUGUAUCUGUUUAAAGUAAAUGUUAGUUAUAUGUUUAUUGAUAAGAAUAUGAUAAUGAUAGGAUAUGAAUAAAUAAGCUGAGCGUGUACAUUUGAACAUUCGUUUAUAUGUUAUUGGUAUUUAAUAAAUUGUUGAUUCUUAAUAA